AUGGCCCUCGAUUCAAAACAAAAGAGUAGUUCAAGUAUAAGUUCUGAAACCGUACCUUAUAAAUUUGGUGCCACGAUUGAACACCAUGAAGACUACUCUCCUUCGGAUUGUGAAAAGAAUGAUCCAGGACAGCUUGAGCAUGCGCCAGAAGGAACCGCCUCUCUAGGAAAAACAAUUUUUAUGGUGUUGAAAGCUUUUGUUGGUACCGGAGUUGUGUUCUUGCCAGGGUCAUUUGUAUCUGGUGGACUUAUCUUUUCAAUUUGUCUCUUAAUAUUCAUUUCAAUUGUCUGUACCAUCUCUAUCCAUCUCCUCGUAACCACCCGAAGUAAAAUAGGAGGUACCUAUGGUGGUAUCGGAGAGUCCCUCUAUGGUCGCUGGAUGCGAUACGCCAUUGCGUUCUUUGUUGCUUUGACACAAAUGGGAUUUGUGGCGUCUUAUAUGAUCUUUAUUUCUACAAAUAUUGGUAUUGCCAUUGAUACAUUGACCGAAUGCCAUGCUGCAUUUGACAGUAAAUACAUUAUCUGGAUGGCUAUUCUGGUUAUUAUCCCCAUGACAUGGAUUCGUAAAAUUGGCCGCCUUUCUUGGAUUGUCAUUAUUGCCGAUACAUGCAUUCUAUUUUGUCUUAUUGUUGUUCUUUACUACUGCUCUGACAAGAUUGCCAGAGAAGGCGCCGGUCCAAACAUUAUCAUGAUGAAUAGUAAUGACUUUGCACUCAUGAUUGGUACUGCAGUCUUUGCUUUUGAAGGAAUUGCAAUGGUUGUUCCAAUUGUUGAAGGCAUGAAGAAACCCGAGAAAUUCCCUUUGGCUGUUAAUAUUGGCAUGGGAAUUAUUACUGUUGUAUUUAUCAUUAUUGGUACAAUUGGCUACGUUGCCUUUGGAGAUCAAACCAAAGCAAGUGUCAUUUUCAACCUUCCGCAAACAGCCCUUUCCUCUACCACCCAGAUUGUCUACUCUUGCGGCAUGCUGUUUAGUUCUCCAUUUAUGCUGUACCCCGUCAUCGUCUCGCUCGAGAAAUCCCUCUUCCGCGAUCGUAGUGGCAAGCUCCACUUCAAAUGGAAGUGGCUCAAGAACCUCACACGCUCUAUGGUUGCUCUUGUCUGUGCCGCAGUCAGUUUUGGAGUCGGCGCUGAUAGCCUUGACAAGUUUGUGUCUUUGGUCGGUUCGGUUGCAUGCAUGCCACUUUGUUUCAUCUUCCCUGCCAUGUUCCACUACAAGGUCACGAAUGGCACCUGGAAAAAGGGAGGAGAUAUCCUCUUGGGAGUUUUUGGAGCUGCAGUGAUGGUGUACACAAUGUAUGUCAAUAUUAACUCCUGGGUCCAUCCUUCCCCAAAAGCCCCAGCAGCUGUGUGUGGAGCCUAG